UAAUUCAAUGAUUUAAAAGUCCAAAGAUUAAAUAUGUUAAUUCUUCUCUAGUAAGAACUAAGCUAAUAAGAACUAAAAUUCUAAUGAUGAGACAUUAAAAAAAAAGAUCGAGGAAAGAGCUUUUAUUUUUAAAAAAAAUAAAAACGAUAAGGACUUUUAAGUUCUAUAAGAAGUCUAUACUGAAGCCUAUAAGAGUAAAUAAAUAGAUGAUUGCUAUAAAAGAUUCAUCAAAAGUAUAGGAUCCAAUAGUUAGUUAUUUAAUUAUUAUUCUAUCAAAUAAUUAUAAGAAAAACAUAAAUUGCUAAAGUUAUGUAGUAAAUACAGGGAAGUCAGAGGUGAUGGCAAUUGCUUUUAUACCGCCUUAGGCUAUAGAUUUUUAUAGAUAUUGUUGUGUGAAUACAAUCUAGAGGAAUUUAUUUUUUUUUUGGAUAAAAUAGAGGAAAUUGACCUACCAUUUAAAGUAUAUUGCAAGCAGAUAACGAUACCAGAAGAAAUCCAGAAAAAUUUACUAAAUGAAUUUUUAUCACGAUUAUGUGAGAUUAGAUUAAUUGAAGACAAGAACGAAAGACUUGAUAAUUUGAUGGAAUAAUAUUCAGCCUAUGAAACUAAGGACAAUAUUGAUGGUUACUUUUUCGCUUUAACAACAAUCUUCUUUCGAAAUAUUUCAUAUUAUGUAGCAACAAAAAGUGAGAUGGCGGAAAGUAUCACUGAUAUUAACAAUCUAUUAAUUUGGGGAGAGGAAUGCAACAAUAAUGAGAUAGUCAUCAAAGAACUUUCAGAGUUCUUGAGAGUGUAAUGAGUUAUGUUUAAAUAUUAUAGAAUGAUCGUUUUGGUGUUCGUAAAUAAUGGUACUAUUUCAAGCAUCGAAUAUUCUGGGGAGCUACACUACCAUCAAAUAUUACUUCUUUUCCAGCCUGGACAUUAUAAUAUUGGAUUUGAAUGA